GCUUUUCACUCUGUUUUAAAGGAAAGGACAUGGCUGCAGUCCAGGGGACACUGAUGGCUCUGGGAAGUGUAGCUCUCACAAAGGAUGAUGGUCAUUACCGUGGAGACAAAGACUGGUUUCAUAGGAAAGCCAAGGUCCACAAGAGGGAGUUUUCUGAGGACCAGCUGCGUCAAGGUCGCAGUCUUAUCGGCUUGCAGAUGGGAAGCAAUCGUGGAGCGUCUCAAUCGGGCAUGGUAGGGUACGGCACCCCACGGCAAAUCAUGCGCUACGACUCUCCUCGACACAACGGCCAUCAGAGCAAUCCCUAAACACUACAUAGUUCUGUAUUUAAAACCUCCACUGGAGCCCAAAGCCAAAUCCAGAGCUCCAGAUGUAGGAGGAAUGUGUACGUGUGUGUAUAUAUAGACUCUCACACCAGUCCUAGAA